AUGGUUGCGCUUUUCCCAGACGCAACGGCCCUGCACCAGGCAUUGCUCCCUACCUCGCCGUUUUACAGGCCCGCUGCAAAGCCUGUCGAGCAUCCGAAGCAGAGACCCAUCUUCUCGGCGUGGAGUGCUGCCGAGACUGCUAAAGACAAAGCUGUUGAGCUGAGUGAGGCGGCUCAGAAAGAGUACAACAAAGCUAGCCAGAAAGCUCAAGCCAAAGCUGGAGCCAUCGAGCUAUAUUCAGCGAAGUACUACGCAGCAUGUACAGUGGGGGGUAUUCUAGCUUGCGGUGCAACUCAUACCGCCGUCACUCCACUUGACUUGGUCAAGUGUCGUCGUCAAGUUGACCCAAACCUCUACAAAGGCAAUUGGGAGGCAUGGAAAAAGAUUGGAAAAGCAGAGGGACUGCGUGGCAUCUUCACCGGUUGGGGCCCUACCUUUGUUGGUUAUUCCGUCCAGGGUGCUGGCAAAUACGGCUUCUACGAAUACUUCAAACAUCUCUACACCCAACUUGCGGGUGAAGAGAAUGCAGCUCAAUAUAAGACCAUCCUCUUCUUGACUGCUUCGGCUUCGGCUGAAUUCAUUGCCGAUGUUGGUCUCUGCCCAUUCGAAGCUGUCAAGGUCAGAAUGCAGACCACGAUUCCCCCAACCUUUACUGGGACUCUCCAAGGAAUUUCGUCCAUCACUGCCAAAGAAGGAACCGCAGGGUUGUACAAAGGUCUCUACCCUCUGUGGGGCCGUCAAAUUCCCUACACCAUGAUGAAGUUUGCCUCUUUCGAGAACAUUGUUGCCGCGAUUUACAACUACCUUCCGGGACAAAAGUCAGACUACAACAAAGGCGCACAAACCGGGGUGGCCUUUGUUGGUGGUUAUCUCGCCGGUAUUCUCUGCGCCAUUGUGUCGCACCCCGCCGAUGUCAUGGUCAGCAAGUUGAACGCCGAUCGUGGUGCUGGUGAAGGGUUCGGUGCUGCUAUGAGCCGUAUCUAUGGCAAGAUUGGCUUCAGUGGUCUCUGGAACGGUCUGCCCGUCAGGAUUGUUAUGAUUGGAACAUUGACUGGUUUGCAAUGGAUGAUUUAUGACUCGUUCAAGAUCUUUAUGGGCUUGCCAACCACUGGAGGUGGUGACGACAAGAAGACAGCAAAGGCUUAA